UCAUCGCAAUGGCACUGUUGUGGAUUUUCUUUGGUGCAUCCGUAUUGGCAGCCACAACGGUUCAUGUCGCCGGCCAGCUGCAAGGUUUUCUGAGCAUCGACUGCGGCCUGGAUGCCAAAUUCAGCGGGCGCGAGGACACCUCCACAAGGAUCCCCUACGUCUCCGACGGUCGUUACGUCGACGGCGGGGAGAAUCACAGGGUUGCCGCCGAGUUCGAUACUACUAGGAGAACCACAAGCGAUGACCUGCGCACCCUCAGGAGCUUCCCGUCCGGCCUACGGAACUGCUACACGCUCCCCACGGAGAGUGGCGCCAAGUACCUUGUCCGGAUGUUGUUCUUCCACGGGAACUACGACGGCAAGGCCACCCAGUUCGACCUGCACCUUGGCAGCAACUACUGGGACACGACAACGAUCCAGAACACGACUGAAGAGCUCACCUGGUUCUCCGAGGCCAUCUUCAUCGCGUGGACGAGCUGGGUGCCGGUGUGCCUGGUGAACACCGGCAGCGGUACGCCCUUCGUCAACACGGUGGAGCUGAGGCCGCUCGGUGCCUCCCUUUACCCGGACGUCACCAUCCACGAGUCCAUAUCCACGUAUGGACGGGGAAACAUGGGAGGGAACUUUACGCGGUUUCCUGAUGAUCCAAACGACCGCUACUGGGGUUCGAGAACUUGGUCGUUAUGGGAAAAUCAUUCCACCAAAGAAACCAUCCAGCAGGACGACAUCUUCGCGGUCCCCAUGCCAGUUCUUCAGACAGCCGUCACUCGUGUGAACAAUGGCACGGUGCUAAUCGUCAACACAUGGGAUUCGAAUAAAAGACCAUUGAAGUUUAAGUUCAUCCUACACUUUGCCGACAUGCAGAACGCCCAGCCCCGGUUAUUUGACAUCUACCUGAACGCCAAGAAGUUAUACAAGAAUUACAGCCCCCCGUACUUGGUUGCUGAUUAUGUGCGUAGUUCUGAAUGGCAUAGCAAUACAGACGGCCAGUACUUUCUCGGUCUUAUAGCCACCAAUACAUCCAUGCUGCCUCCAAUGGUCAAUGCAUACGAGAUCUACUACCACAUCCCCCACAACACUCCGAGGACGUUCUCCAAAGACUUCGAUGCAAUGAUGGCUAUCAAACUCGAGUAUGGAGUAAAGAAAAACUGGAUGGGUGACCCAUGCUUUCCGGCCAAAUAUGGAUGGAAUGGCGUGAAGUGUAGCAAUGUAACUGAAAACAUUACAAGGAUAAUAUCUCUGGAUCUAUCCAAAAGUAACUUGACUGGAUUGGUAUCUGAUAAUUUCACAUUACUCACAGACCUCCAAUUUCUAGAUUUGUCUGGCAACAGUCUGAAUGGAUCAAUUCCGUAUUCCCUUUGUAAAAGGAAUGCAGGAUCCUUCGUUCUAAGGUAUGAGUUUGGUGAAGAUAUGUGCAAGAAAACAGCAAGCCCGACUCCGACUCCAACUCCGACUCCGACUCCAUCAAAAAAUAAAACAACUAUAAUAUCUAUUUCAAUACUGGUUCCCUUAGUGGCGGUGGCUGUACUUUUUCUUUUGUAUUUUAUCUGGAGAGGGAAGAGAAAACCUAAAUUUUCCAUACAUGAUCCUCCUAGAGAGCCCGAACUUAAGAGUGCCAUUGAAAGUACAAAAAGUCAGGGCGAUCACCUGCAAAACACUGAGAAUCGACGAUUCACAUACAACGAGCUGGAGAAGUUUACUAAUAAAUUCCAACGGUCGAUUGGUAAAGGAGGUUUCGGGCCCGUGUACUACGGCCGUUUAGAAGACAAUACCGCGGUUGCAGUCAAGAUGUGUUCCGAAUCAUCAUCACAUGGGCUUGAUGAGUUCUUAGCAGAGGUCAAUAGCUUGAACAAGGUGCAUCACAGGAAUCUAGUUUCUUUUGUUGGUUACUGCUGGGAGAAAGACCAUUUAGCACUGGUUUAUGAGUACAUGUCCCAGGGCACACUUUAUGAUCAUCUGAGAGGGAAAAAUGGUGUGCAUGAACCCCUGAGUUGGGCGACACGUGUACGAAUCGUGCUCGAAGCAGCACAAGGCCUGGAUUAUCUGCAUAAGGGAUGUAGCUUGCCAAUAAUUCACCGGGAUGUGAAAACCAACAACAUUCUCCUAAAUGAAAAUCUGCAGGCGAAAAUAGCUGAUUUCGGACUUUGCAAGACCUAUGUUAGCGACAACCAGACACACAUAACAACCAUAGCGGCUGGGACAGCAGGUUAUAUGGACCCCGAGUACUACAACACUGGCUGGCUCACUGAGAGUAGCGAUGUCUAUAGUUUCGGUGUUGUUUUACUUGAGGUAGCAACCGGUGAGCCUCCAGUAUUGCCAGGCCAUGGCCACAUCGUCCAGCGUCUGAAGCAGAAGGUUGCCACUGGCAACGUCACCAUGGUGGCUGAUGCCCAUCUUGCAGGUGAGUAUGAUGUCAAUUCCAUGUGGAAACUGGUCGACACCGCCAUGGCGUGCACCGCGGAUGCUGCAGUACGCAGGCCAACAAUGGCGGCCGUGGUGGCACAGCUGAAAGAGAGUCUUGCGUUGGAGGAAGCUCAUGAUGACAACGGUGUCAGGGGAAGCAUCACAAGUGCUACUAGUGCCCAGGUGUCCGCGUUCGGCCCAUCAGCAAGAUGAAUCUGCGAGUUUACCCAGAUGUGUUUCAUUAAUUGCAUCGUUGAUGGGUCACUAUUCUCUUUUUUGGGAUCGCAAGGUUGCAAGGUCUUCAUACAAUAGUGUAUUCUGAUUUAUUUGUCAUGCUAUAAGACAAAAAUUAUAUUUAUGUUGUGGUGUAGUGUGUGAAAUUCGACCAUACACUUUGCAAGAAACAAGGCCUGGGUGAGUUGU